GCACCUGUGGCAGCACCAGUGCCUCCCCCGGAAGGGGAACCAGAGGGGGACAAGCCAGUGGGGGAUGACCACUACUGCGAGAUGCUGUGCUGCACGUUCAAGUACCGACCCUGGCUGGACCGCCUGAAAAACUACCGGUUCCCCAGCAGCAUCGACCCACUCACCAACCUGAUGUACGUGCUGUGGCUGUUCUUCGUUGUCAUGGCCUGGAACUGGAACUGCUGGUUGAUCCCCGUCCGCUGGGCCUUCCCCUACCAGACACCGGCAAACAUCCACUGCUGGCUGCUCAUGGACUACCUCUGCGACCUCAUCUAUCUGCUGGACAUCCUCGUCUUUCAGACCCGGCUGCAGUUCGUCCGGGGAGGGGACAUAAUAACUGAUAAAAAGGCCAUGAAAGAGAACUACCUGCAAUCACAACGCUUUAAGAUGGACGUGGUAUGCCUCCUGCCCCUGGAUUUCUUCUACUUCAAAGUCGGUGUCAACCCACUCCUGCGUUUUCCUCGCUGUCUGAAGUAUAUGGCCUUCUUCGAGUUCAACAACCGCCUGGAAGCUAUCCUGAGCAAGGCAUACAUCUACAGAGUGAUUCGGACCACUGCCUAUUUACUGUACAGCUUGCACGUGAACUCCUGCCUUUACUACUGGGCAUCAGCCUACGAAGGACUGAGCUCUACCACCUGGGUCUAUGAUGGGGAAGGAAACAGCUACAUCCGAUGCUACUACUGGGCAGUCAAAACCCUCAUCACCAUUGGGGGGCUGCCGGACCCCAAGACACUGUUCGAGAUUGUCUUCCAGCUGCUGAACUACUUCACAGGCGUCUUCGCUUUCUCUGUCAUGAUAGGGCAGAUGAGAGAUGUGGUCGGUGCUGCUACUGCAGGGCAAACUUACUAUCGGAGCUGCAUGGACAGUACCAUCAAAUACAUGAACUUCUACAAAAUCCCCAAAACUGUGCAGAACCGAGUGAAAACGUGGUACGAGUACACGUGGCAUUCGCAAGGCAUGCUAGAUGAGUCGGAGUUGCUGGUGCAGCUGCCGGACAAGAUGAGGUUGGACAUCGCUAUCGACGUGAACUACAACAUCGUGAGCAAAGUGGCCCUCUUCCAGGGCUGUGACAGGCAGAUGAUCUUCGACAUGCUGAAGCGGCUCAGAUCGGUGGUCUACCUGCCCAAAGACUAUGUGUGUAAGAAGGGAGAAAUCGGCCGCGAGAUGUACAUUAUCCAGGCGGGACAAGUGCAGGUGCUGGGGGGACCCGAUGGCAAAACCGUGCUGGUGACUCUGAAAGCUGGAUCUGUGUUUGGAGAAAUAAGCUUGCUGGCAGCAGGAGGGGGAAAUCGCCGAACAGCAAACGUCGUAGCUCACGGCUUCGCUAACCUCUUCAUUUUGGAUAAGAAGGACUUGAACGAGAUUUUGGUGCAUUAUCCAGAGUCUCAGAAGCUGCUGCGUAAGAAGGCCAAGAAAAUGCUGAAAACCAACAAUAAACCCAAAGAUGAGAAAGCAGCAGCUGGAGACUCACUGAUCAUCCCCCCAAAAGCUGACACCCCGAAGCUCUUCCAGGCUGCCCUGGCUGCUGCAGGGAGGAUGGGGGGCAGAGGGCAGCUGGCACAGCUCCGGUGGAGGCUGAAGGCGAUGCAGGCGACACAGGUCAGUGCAGGGG